GUUACGCCACUGGUCGAGACCGCAGUUGCUUUUCGGAGAGUAAGCUCGUGUAUUUAACACAUGUGUCAAUUGUUUUUGUGUAAAUAAGUGUUAAAAUUGCGUAAAAAUAUAUAAUAAAAUGUUUAUUAAAAAUAUUAUCAAAAGCUUUUGUGAUUGAUUUUAAUGUGUGUGCUUUUACUUUUCAAUAAAAUGUAAGUGAACAAAGGAGUAAAGAACAUAAACGACAUAUUUGUACCAUAUGCUUAACAAAAGCAAUGAAUUGACAGCAAAAUAUGAUAAUGAUAAUAGAUUGAUUAAUUUCUUGAAAUGAUUACGUUUGGUUAUUGGUAUUCUCAGACGUAUUUGCUAGUCAACAACAAAUAAAGAAUACAAACAAAUGGCGCAAGUUUUCAGAAAGUAAGAAAAAGAAAACAAUAAACAGCCGGCUACGCGUGGCUACAACAAUAGGUUUAUACGCACAUAUUUAUAUAAAUAUUAAUAUCUCUACACACGUAUGUAAUGUAUACACAUUAAUAAAAUUAAAAAAUUCACUCCACGAAUAGAUAAUAAAAAGUUGUAUAUAAAUAUAUAUAUGUAUAUAUAAUAUACGCUUUCAGCAGUCAUAUGUAUUGUAGAUAGAAUAAAUUGAGCUCCCACGAGGAGAGCAUAACCACGUCAAAAAGCAAGUUUUGAGUAUAUGUAUUCCAGCACAAUUUAUCUCGUUGUUGCUCAGUUGGUAUGAUAACUAUAUGCUUUAGUGGUCUGAUCUGAACAAUUUUUGCGUAGAUUGUAGCGUUACCUUAGACAAUAAUUCAUGCCGAAUUUCGUGCAAAUAUCCUAUCAGAUAAAAAAAAUUUUCAUACAAGAAAUUGAUUUUGAUCGUUCAGUUUGACAGCUAUGCUAUGUUAUAGCAAUUCGAUGUCGACGGUUCGGACAAAUGUGUAGCUUCUUUGGUACUAAAGAAUGUGUGCACAAUUUCAGAUCGAUAUCUCAAAAAUUUAUGGACUAGUUCGCAUAUUAAACUUUUCCCCAGCACAUUGAGUUCUAUCUGUCAACUAGAUGUUACAAAAAUAACCCAGACUUAGUGAAAUAUGGGAGUUAUCAUAGUAGAGAUCACUUACUGGUGACUGAAUACAUAAUUUAAAAUCAUAUUUUUUUAUAGCGGUCACUCCUAGGCAGUUAAUUGCAUAAUUUCUUUCUUAUAUCUCUAUCAUCAUCUUGGAGAUGGUUUUAAAUUUUUAGAUGCUUCAAUACUCUUUACAAAGAUGUGAAAUGACCCAACCAAACUGCCGGCAAAAGUAUAGGUAUAAAAUAUAUAUGUACAUAUGCUUAUCCAUAUAUUUUGGAUACAUAUGUAUAUGGUAAGUGAGAUGUAUCCACGAAAUUUGUUGCCUAUGUGUGGCCUAUAUAGUAUAUACCUAUACAUUUACUCAGAAUCAGGUGAAAUCAAAAGUACUUAAAAAAAAGAUUCUGAAAUUGCGAAUAAACUCAAUUCAGCGCUGGCUGAUAUGUCGCUCGUUUCCGCCUGAAUUAUGGCAUUCCUUACUCUUUAUUGUUUGUUUUAGAUAUCGUUGUUUGUAAUCCACUUUCCACAUACAAAUAUAUGUAUAUACAACGAUCACCUCCUCUUCUAACAGCUGACAAUUGUCGCUCUGAGUGACAUUCUCUUACAUAGUCAUACAAAACACACUCAACAAACGUCAAGUCAUUAGGAAAUAGUAAGCAUAUUAUUUGACUGCAAUAAAAACGCAACAACAUGCGACUGCGAACAUUUAGUAUGCUGUCGGCUUUUCGCCAAACACUAUUGCAACAAGUACAAAAUACAAGUGUGACACCGCUUAUACUACAACAAUAUCGUCUAAAGCAUAGUGAUAUCAGUAAAAUGGUUUCUCCGGCACCAUUUACAAAAGAUUUCUUCUUCCGUCAGCUCUUCGAUGAGGCUACCUGGACCUACACAUACCUGCUGGCCGAUUUGAAUACCAGAGAGGCGGUGAUUAUUGAUCCAGUACUGGAGAAGGCGAAACGUGAUGCAAAUCUAGUUAAGGAACUGGGUUUUACACUUAAAUAUGCCUUGAACACACACAUGCACGCGGAUCACAUCACCGGCAGCGGUUGGCUCAAGCAACUGUUGCCCGGCAGCAAGUCGGUGAUUGCCAAAGCGAGCGGUGCCAAAGCAGAUAUACACCUCAACGAAGGUGAUCCCGUUACAUUCGGACGUCAUCGCAUCGAUACAUUAGCCACACCGGGACACACCAAUGGCUGUAUGUCGUAUGUGAUACAUGAACAGGGUUGCAUUUUCACCGGUGAUACAGUGCUGAUACGCGGUUGUGGACGUACGGACUUCCAAGAAGGUGAUGCUGGCCACCUGUAUGAUAAUGUGCAUAGUAAAAUUUUUACAUUGCCAGAGAAUACCCGCAUAUAUCCAGCACAUGAUUACAAAGGCACAAUGGAGAGCAGCGUGUGGGAGGAGAAAACCUAUAAUCCACGCUUGACCAAAACGAAAGAGGAAUUUAUUAAUAUUAUGAAUAACUUGAAUUUGCCUUAUCCUAAGAAAAUCGAUGUUUUCGUACCAGCAAAUCGUGAAUGUGGCGUCUAUGAUAUUCCAAAGGAAUAACUGUCUUGUUUCUGUUAAAAAGCAAACUGUGUUUUAUUCGCUGCUGAAAGGUGGUCCUACUUUUUUGUAAAGUGGAGAACCACCGAGUCGUGGUAGACUCAAAUAUCUGAAGAGCAUUGCUGUUAGUAGACAGCAAGCUUUGUAAACGUUUCUUCAAAAAUAAAUACCUUUAUAUAUAUAAAAUAUUGUAAAAUAAUGCUUAAAUAUAUUUUAAUUCAAAAA